UUUUUUUUUUUUACACUUGUCAGUAGUGUAAAUAUACAAAUAUAAAUAUAAAUAUUUUAUGUCAAUUCCAAGAAGACAUAGAGCAUCUAUUUCGAAUAUUUUUAUCCCAAUGCCUCCGCCAGAAACUCACUCACCUAUACAUAUUGUACCCUCUCCAACCAUAACUGACACUAACGUCAAUACUUCAACAAAUACUGAUACAAAUAACACAGCUCAACAAAAUUGCCUAACUGUCAGUCCAAUUACUAUCAAUAGGUCUAGUGCGGAUCAUGAUAGACAUAGUUCGCAAGUUCAACUCUUUUCUUCUAGUGCACCUUCAAUGGGGUCAUUUUUGACAGCGACUCGCUUUGCUACUGCUGAACGAGCGUCCAAUAGUACGAGUAAUGCAAGAAGAGAAAGUGUCCCUAAUUCUUCAGUAAUAUCAUCAUCAUCUUCUUCUUCUUCUUCAAAUUCCUCUAUAUUGACUAUAGAAUUUGAAGGCGGUAACAAUAUCAUUUUACGUCCAAAUCGUAUUUAUCGUGGUAAAGUCAUUAUGAAACUAGCUGAACCUAUGCAUAUUACAAGAAUCAGAGUUAAGUUUCGUGCAGAAGAAUCAGCUAUGGUUAAAAUAGAUGAAGGCGGGGCUGAUGGAAGAGGAGAAUGGAUCCAUGAAAUGAUUACUACCUUUUUUGAAACCGAAUGGAAAUUAUAUGGUCAAGAAUCAUCUCCCUAUUCUCAGUCAGCUUGGGAAGAAAUUGAAGCCGGUAAUUAUGAAUAUCCAUUUGCUUUAAAGUUUCCAAAUGUAAACUAUCCUCCUUCUAUGGAAGAGCCAGCUGGUUUUGGCAUUCGAUUUAUAUGGACUGCACAAGCAGAUGGACCUGCUCUUCAAUCUGGAUUAAAGAGUAGAGAAUUCAUUACAUCUUAUAGACCUAUUAUAGUUUCAUUAGCAGAGAAAGAAUGGGUUUAUAAAACCACUUUAAUGAAAGAUAAAAAACAAGCCUUGGCUGAAGUUCAAGCAAAAAUUGAUAAGCAAACUUACUGUCCAGACGAAGUCUUUAAAAUGAUACUCAAUAUGACAGUAUUACAUUCUGAUUCAAAAAUUACAAAUAUCUCAUAUCGAUUCCGUAAACAUCAUGAAGGCAAGAUGCUAAUUCAACAAGGCACAGCUUACAAGGAACAUGUCCGAAUAGUUCUUCAAGACACACUUCAACUUACAUCCUCUACUUCAACACAAAUAUCGGAAUCACUUAAAUUUAAAAUCCCUACUCGACUUGUAUCGCCCUCCUUUAUCUCUCGUCAUACUCGUGUUUAUUAUGAUCUUCAUUUUCAAGUUACAAUUGAACAAGGCCAUAUCUUCAAGACAAGCCAUAUCACAGAAUUUACUGUUCCAAUCGUGAUUGCUAACUUGCCCAAUAUGCAAAUUGCGCGAAUUCCAGAUUUGACAUCUAUUAUUAAUUAUCGUAACUCUUAUGAAUCUCCCUUGUUUUUCGAUCCUUCAUUAAAUGAACCACCUAGACCUCAAGCAUUUCCUAGUGAAUUGAUUGGCCCCUUGACAGCUGCUCUUAUGACGCCUAAUAGUGAAGAUCAGCCUCCAAGCUAUUUUAGUUUGCCCGAGUUACCUCCACAAUUUGAACUUCGAAAGGAAAGAAAGGAGCGUACGGUGUUUAUGUCAAGACCAGCACGAGGUGCUUAUAAUGGGAAUGAACUUGGUGAAGCUACUAUCAUUCCCGGAUUAUAUGAUGAAGAUUGGUAAACAUAUCAUCUUCAUAUUCUUUUAUAUAUAUAUGUAUAUAAUUUACUAUAUUUAUACGUAUAUGAAAGGAAAAAAAAAAGUGUAUAUAAUAAAAAAUGCUCUUUGUUACUAUCAAUCUAACUCCAACCCCAAACUUCCUUUACCCAUUGACCCAGGUCCAUUUGAAC